GAGCAGACAGAAGGGCCACAGGGGGGGGCAGGGGGAUGGAGCCCCUGGGCUAGGACGCCCCCCUCUCCUCUCUGCCAGCUCCAGACCAGAGUCCCAGCCUUGGGCAGAGCUACUCACGCAGCCCAGCCCAGAAGACAGAAUGAGGGGGGCUUCCUGCCUCCAGGCCCUGCUCCUGCUGGUGCUGGGAGCUGCUGGGACCCAGGUAAGGAAGUCUGCAGCCUGCGGGCAGCCCCGUGCGUCCAGUCGGAUCGUGGGGGGCCGGGAUGCCCAGGAAGGAGAGUGGCCCUGGCAGGCGAGCAUCCAGCGCCGUGGGGCGCACGUGUGCGGGGGGUCGCUCAUCGCCCCCGAGUGGGUGCUGACAGCGGCGCACUGCUUCCCCAGGAGGGCGCCGCCGUCAGAGUACCGCGUGCGCCUGGGGGCGCUGCGCCUGGGCCCCGCCUCGCCCCGCGCGCUCUCGGCGACUGUGCGGCGGAUGCUGCUGCCCCCAGACUACUCGGAGGACCGGGCCCGCGGCGACCUGGCGCUGCUGCAGCUGCGCCGCCCGGUGCCCUUGAGCGCUCGCGUCCAGCCGGUCUGCCUGCCCGCUCCUGGCGCCCGCCCAGCGCCCCGCUCACCGUGCUGGGUCACUGGCUGGGGCAGCCUCCGCCCAGGAGUGCCACUCCCAGAGUGGCGACCGCUGCAGGGAGUGAGGGUGCCUCUGCUGGACUCACGCACCUGUGACCGCCUCUACCACGUGGGUUCGGACGUGCCCCAGGCCGAGCGCAUAGUGCUGCCAGGGAACCUGUGUGCCGGUUACAUCGAGGGCCGCAAGGACGCCUGCCAGGUGUACCUCCCUGCCCCCAGCCUCCGAUCCACACCCCUGUGCCCAGCACCUACCUUCCUAGACUCCAAGACCCAAAAUAUACCAACUCCAGGCUCAGUGUCCUGGCCCCCAACCCAGAGGUACAACCUCAGGGCUCUAGAGCCUACAGAGUAUUCUCAAGUCUUGGGAAGGCUGGGGCCUAAGAUCGCUUUUCUUCUGCAGGGUGACUCUGGGGGACCCCUGGCCUGCCUGCAGUCUGGGCGCUGGGUCCUGGUGGGCGUGGUGAGCUGGGGCAAGGGUUGCGCCCUGCCCAGCCGACCGGGUGUCUACACCAAUGUGGCCACAUACAGUCCCUGGAUUCAUGCUCACCUCAGCCUCUAAUGGUGGUUGGUGAUGUUGAUCUGGAGCCAGACGCUGGGGUCCCUCAGCCCCCGGGGACCUACAGAAACCCCCUUCUCCUCUUGUGAGGCUGAGAUGCCUAAUAAAGCUAAGGGGCCAUCCCUGGCCGCCUCUGCUCCCUGGGGCUCACCAAAUCUGACUCCCCCCAUCCAGGUGUCUUUCCUGCAUGCUGGGGUCACACUCCCUCCCCUUCUGGCUUGUAUUUACCUUCCUCAGCCCUGGCCAGGGGUGGGUGUGGAGCACCCCGAGAUGGGCAGACCUGCGGGUGCACCAUUGGGCCUACACGCCCGUCUUUUUCUGGAGGGAGCCAGGCAGAUUUGGAGCAUGAGAGGGAGACUCUCCGUUGCUGGAGUUGCAGGUGGAGGGGCCACGAACUGUGAGCAACAUCUGGGCGCUGACAGCAGUCCCAGCUGACAGCCAUCAGGGAAACCAAAACCUCAGACCCACAACCCCAAGGAACUGAAUUCUGCCAACACCCCAAAGAGACUUGGAAGUGAAGUCUUCUUCCACCUCCAGAUAAGAGGCCCACAGCCAAUCCCUUGAUUUCAACCUGGUGAGACCUUAAGCAGAGAACCUACAUGAGCUACUGGACUUCCAACCUACAGAGUUGUGAUUUAGUAAAUUUGUGUUGUCUUAA